UGAUACGUUAUUCAGUUUUCCCUCUUUGGCUAUGGGAACCAAUGUUUCCCUUUCUCUUCUUCUCAGGACCUUUUUCUCACUCCAUGCAAGAACUUUCACCCAAAACAAUCCCAAAUUUCAUUAAUUUCACUAAUCACCCCUUUCCUAUCAAUCAUCUGAAUACUAAUAUUCAAUCCUCAUUUUAUGCAGGUUUUGGAAAUUGUAAGUGUAAAUGGCAUAUAAAGUGGAUCAUGAAUAUGAUUAUUUAUUUAAGAUUGUAUUAAUAGGAGAUUCGGGUGUUGGAAAAUCAAAUAUUCUUUCGAGAUUUACAAGAAAUGAGUUUUGCUUGGAAUCUAAAUCCACCAUUGGUGUUGAAUUCGCAACCAGGACUCUUCAGGUAGAAGGAAAGACAGUUAAGGCACAGAUAUGGGACACAGCCGGUCAAGAGAGGUAUCGAGCCAUUACCAGUGCAUACUAUAGAGGUGCAGUUGGGGCAUUGUUGGUUUACGACAUAACUAAAAGGCAAACCUUCGACAAUGUCCUGAGAUGGCUUCGUGAACUUCGAGACCACGCCGAUUCAAACAUCGUCAUAAUGAUGGCCGGAAAUAAGUCCGACCUCAACCAUCUUCGAGCCGUCUCGACGGAAGAUGCUCAAAGCUUGGCCGAGAGUGAAGGCCUGUCGUUCAUGGAGACAUCAGCUUUGGAAGCUUUCAACAUUGAGAAAGCAUUUCAGACAGUAUUGUUGGACAUUUAUCAGAUAAUAAGGAAAAAGGCAUUGGCAGCACAGGAAUCAGCUUCCGGUACUGGUGUACCACAAGGCACCACCAUUAAUGUCAACAAUAUGUCAGAUAAUGCAAACAAGAAACCUUGUUGUUCAACCUAGAAAGUGUUUUCUUUUUUCAGACAAGAGGUUUCGGAAAUGUUGCAGUUGUCGACCAUUUUAGUGCAUGCCAACUGUGGGACAGACAUGAAAACACAUUGUUUGAACGUAUAUAUAGAGGGUUUUCGGUUCAUAAUUAAGAACCAUGGAUUAAGAUGAUGACAAAAUGAGGAUUGUAUGUAUCAGUCUCAUAUGUUUCGAUUUUGGGAUUCAGAAGAGGGUUGUUUCAUGGGAAAUAUUUACUAGCAGAUCGAAGGAUUUGUAAAAUGUAGAACUUGAUUCUGUUUUCUUUUCUUUUUAUUUUUUUUCCCAGCAUUGUUUGUGUUGACAAUAUUGUUCAAAUAAAAAAAUUUGUUGACUAUGAA